AUGAACUACAUCGAAAGUUCAGAUGUUGAGGAUAAGGACAACUUCGGAGAGUCACUUCUGAUUACCUAUAUGAAACUCUUAAAGAUUUCUAAUGAAGAGAGUAUACUGGGUUACGAUUUCAAGAUUAAAAAUAUAAUAAGUCUUUAUGAGGCUAUUGAACAAAGAGUAGAAGACAUUGAAGUCAAGAACAUAUAUUUCAGGUAUUAAGAUGAACUAAGCGAGCAGUAAAAUAUCUAAAUUGGAAGAUUGAUACUUGAAAUUUAACUUCCUUUAAUUGAGGAGAUGAUGCAUAUCAUUGGUAAACUCUGUAUCAGAUAGCUUAGGAACUUGUAAAAAGAGCUUUUGAACCAGAAGAUUUUUAUUUACCUGCUAGAAGAUAAGAAUGAACCGCUAUAUGGCGAUGAGAAGCAAGAUAGUAUGAAGCAGAAGGAAGAUAAAGAUAAGGUCAAGAACAAAUUUAUUGAUCUUCAAAGCACUUAAGUAGAAAUUAGACAAGCAAAGUGCAUUUAUGACAGAUUUAGACAGCAUUAUUAAAAGUUGUUAGAUGAUGAGAGGGCUCAGAAGGCCAAAAUUGAUAGAGACAAACAGGAGCAGAUUAAUGCUGAGAAAAUAGUAGGAAUCAACAUCAAUGAUUUCUUUGAUUCAGGACCAAAACAAGUCAGAAGAAGAGGAAACAGAUGA